CGGAAGAAGAACAGUGACAGUUAUGGCGUCUGAAACGGGCUACGAAAAGGAAUCCUCUUUUAUGGAUCCUCUGAAAGGGGUUUUACUGACAUAUUUCAUGCCAGAAUCGUGUUAUGAUGAGUUUUUCUUGAACUUCAACUUCCUGGAUGUGCCAUGUCUGAAGAUAGUGCUGAGCAAAGGCCUCGGGAUUGGCAUCAUACUGGGAUCUGUGAUGGUGAAGCUGCCACAGAUCAUAAAGCUGAUGGGAGCGAAGAGUGCUGAAGGGCUGAGCUUCAACUCUGUGCUGCUAGAGCUCCUGGCUAUUACAGGGACCAUGGCCUACAGUAUUGCCAACAACUUUCCCUUCAGUGCUUGGGGAGAGGCUCUGUUCCUCAUGCUGCAGACAGUAGCCAUUGGGUUCCUCAUUCAGCACUACGGAGGAAAAACCACCCAAGGUCUUCUGUUGCUGAUGGUGUAUUUUGUACUGCUUGGCGGCGUCCUGUCUCCGAUCACUCCCAUGUCAGUGGUCACCACCAUGCAAGCCUCCAAUAUGCCGGCCAUCAUCAUUGGCAGGUUGAUCCAGGCAGCUACUAACUUCCGGAACGGACACACAGGCCAGCUGUCUGCCAUCUCUGUUUUCCUGUUGUUCGCUGGAUCCCUCGCUCGCAUCUUCACCUCAGUGCAGGAAACUGGAGACACGUUGAUGGCCCUGACGUAUGUCAUAUCUUCCUGUUGUAACGGCAUCAUCACUCUCCAAGUCCUCUACUACUGGAACUCCCCCUCUGAAAAGAAGGACAAGAAGAAGAAGAAGAAGGAGUAGGGAACGCAGCACAGGGCAGGGGGAUAGUGGCUACAAGUGAAUCGUUGGGAAAAUCUCACUUUGCGUUGUUUGUCCUUCCAAGUUCAUUGUUGGGCAGUAGCCACCAGCCAUUGAGGUCUUCCUAAAUCCAGGUCUGAGAGAAGGCAGAGCUUCUCAGACACCAGGUGGUCUGUGUACGGGGCUUUUUCACAUUUAUGCAGAACAACCUGAUACAUUCGUACAGCCAUCGCCGGUUCGAAUCCAGUCGACGACCUCUGUUGCAUGUGUAACCCCUGUGUCACCCUCCCCAUCCCCUGUCUGCUCCCACUAUCACGAUCCAAUAAAGGUAUAAAAAAUACAAAAAAAGAAAAAAGUUCUGCUCUUAAUACACAGCCCCUGUGGGUCACGUUGAAUUGAGUUUUGAAGCGGUGCUUUAGCUCAGGGAAGAGAACGCUUUAGAGUCGCAUGCCCGUCGUGGUUUGAAGAGAUGCCGUGCAGCCUUGUUCUUCUGUCCUUCCAUCUUACCCAGAUUCCAUCAAAUACUGCAACUUCCUCUGUUCUAGCAAAUGUAUUCAUGUUUUAAAAAUGUGCUCAACUUUGUUUGACCCCCGCAGCAUGGAGGGUGUAUUUCUGGAAGUAGCUCGAGCUGCAGAUGCAUACAGAGAACCGUUAUUACUAAGUUGUGUCGAUCACAUGACUUAGACCGCUGCACCUCUUAUGAGGAACACAAGGAAGCAAUACUGGUUCUGCCGUCAGGAAUGCAAAGUUUCUCGUUCUUCGUGGGGUGGUAAGACUCUUAGUGGACAUGAACUCUCAGGUCAUGCGUUCAUUACUUCCCAUGGAGUCAACAUUGUCAUGGUUCUGUUGUUGAUGGUUGCACAGGGAUCUGUCUAUAUGAUGAUGACGACUCUGUGUAUUUCACAUCUUGUUAGAGUAUGAAUAUACUAGAAACUUUGUGAAAUGGCGAGACCAAAACCCUUCUGAAAUACAGCCUGGGGAGCAGGCGGGGGUGUACUUUCUGUAAUAAAGCCAUGUAGGCAAGUCUGUGUUGGAACACUCUGCAUGUGAACCGGCACAAGUGGAAAACUGUGAGCCUGUAUGCUAACUCACUAGCAAGUGGCUAAUGUCUGAAUGAGGACCACGCUGAAGAAGCACUUCCUUCCAGUUCGGACUUACUCCCAGACCUGCUCAGUUAGCUACACCCCAUUUAAUAAGUCGUGCAUUACACAGAAAUAAGCGAGGAAUAUAUGAGUAUAGCAUGUGAUUGGAGUAUGAUGAGUGGUAAUUACUGAGUAAUAUCCAAGUAAAACUUGGGCUUUUCUAGAUGUCUUGUUUGUUUGCUUGUCAUUAUAAUGUGAUGUUAACAUAGCCUACAUAAUGACCAGGAAACAAACUAGAGAUCUAGAAAAGCCACACUUGUCCUUAUAUAUUACUCGGUAAUUACCACUCAUUAUACUUUAGUACCUGUGUUUUACUACAUGUACACGUAUUACUGGGUUAUACCUGUGUAGUGCACGACUUGCUAUUUAAAGGGUUUCUUCAUCUUGAAGUUGUAUAGCGAAUGGACUGUCACAACCAAAAGAGUAGUGAAGUGUCGGUGGAAAUGUGUUUAUGAAAUCUUUAGAGUCAGGGCGUCCGGGUGGCAUAGCGGUCUAUUCCGUUACCUACCAACAUGGGGCUCGCCGGUUCGAAUCCCCGUGUUACCUCCGGCUUGGUCGGGCGUCCCUAUAGACACAGUUGGCCGGUUGGAAGCCGGAUGUGGGUAUGUGUCCUGGUCGCUGCACUAGCGCCUCCUCUGGUUGGUCGGGGCGCCUGCUCGGAGGGGGGGACUGGGGGGAUAGCGUGAUCCUCCCCCGCGCUACGUCCCCCUGGUGAAACCCGUCACUGUCAGGUGAAGAGAAGCGGCUGGUGACUCCACAUGUAUGGGAGGAGGCAUGUGGUAGUCUGCAGCCCUCCCUGGAUCAGCAGAGGGGGUGGAGCAGCAACUGGGACGGCCCGGAAGAGUGGGGUAAUUGGCCGGAUACAAUUGGGGAGAAAAUAAAUAAAUCUUUGUGAUUAAACGUCAUAUGAAUGAACUGUAAACAUGGUAGGUGGUGUUCUUUCUAUCAUCCUUUAUCCUGUCUGUCUUUCAUUGUGGAUUAUGUUAUCACACAUGCCGUACUGAUGAUGUCACGUGGCUUAUGUCAUCACAUGCUGUACUGGUGAUGUCACGUGGAUUAUGUUAUCGCAUGCUGUACUGAUGAUGUCACGUGGAUUAUGUUAUCACAUGCUGUACUGAUGAUGUCACGUGGAUUAUGUUAUCACAUGCCGUACUGGUGAUGGCACGUGGAUUAUGUUAUCACAUGCUGUACUGAUGAUGUCACGUGGAUUAUGUUAUCACAUGCCGUACUGGUGAUGGCACGUGGAUUAUGUCAUCACAUGCUGUACUGGUGAUGUCACGUGGAUUAUGUUAUCACACAUGCUGUACUGAUGAUGUCACAUGUGG